AUGUCAUUUCUGUUUGACUGGAUCUACAAGGGCUUCAGUAGUGUUUUACAAUUCCUUGGUCUGUAUAGAAAGACUGGAAAGCUGGUUUUUCUGGGCCUGGAUAAUGCUGGGAAAACAACACUUCUCCACAUGCUGAAAGACGAUCGACUUGGUCAGCACGUACCAACGCUACAUCCAACCUCAGAGGAGCUGACAAUUGGUGGGAUGACGUUUACCACAUUUGAUUUGGGAGGACACCUACAAGCUCGAAGAGUUUGGAAGAACUACCUGCCGGCUGUGAAUGGAGUCGUCUUUCUCGUCGACUGUGCCGAUCAGGGCAGACUCGCAGAAUCGAAGACUGAACUUGAUGCUCUCCUUUCAGAUGAAACCAUAGCCAACGUUCCAGUGUUGGUGUUGGGGAACAAAAUAGACCGUCCUGAGUCCGUCAGCGAAGGAGCGCUGAGAGGAGCUUUUGCUCUUGAUGGUCAAGUCACUGGAAAGGGAAAUGUGUCUUUGACGGAGCUGGACGUUCGCCCUCUGGAGAUAUUCAUGUGCAGCGUGUUGAAGAGGCAAGGCUACGGGGAAGGUUUCAGGUGGUUAUCACAGUACAUCGACUGA